AGCAAACCGAAAAGAGACCUGUUCGCAAGAUAACGGGGUUUCAGAAAACAUUGUUAAAACGGAAAUACGUGUAGGCGUACAGGGAAUUACAUAUAAGAUAAACGCAUAGUAUAUAUAUAUCACAUCGUAAGUCAUAGGUGCACUCAAAGGAAGACUUGACAAUGGGUUUGUAUCUUAAACCAUCUGAAAUACGUUAUACCCAGGCAACGAUCAGCGGUGUUUUUCGACAAACCACUAGGCACAAAAAUACACAGAUCGGAAAGACACUUGACGACAUUUUGGUAGCAUCUUCUUCUAUAGACCAGAUUCCAAAGAUAACUGUGUGUAAAAAAAAUGGACAGUGGUAUAGUUUCGACAAUCGCCGGCUAUGGAUAUUCAAAAAGUUAGAAAAAUAUGGGAUAUGUUCGAAAAUUCUAGUAAAAUCUAAGAGAUUUAAAAAGAUUAAAUUUACAACAAAAUUUACAACAAAAAGUGAUGGAACGACUGUGGAGUUAAGGGGAGGUGACGCUGGAGGUACUUACUGGCGACAACAGGAGGAACUUGUAAAUUCCCAUCACAGUGAUUUAAAUGAUAGUACCGCUGAAUUGCACAACAAUUCCAAAAAAACGGAAACAAAAAGAACACCUUCAGCUGCGUCGCUUACAACAAGGUCAGUACAUGGUGAUGGAGCAGAAAACUUAAGUGAUUUGAAAUACGAUAUUUCUUCAUGGCCUUCCUCGGCCGUUUUGGAUUUAUAUUUUCCCAUUAUGCUAGAAUCUUCAGGAACACCAAAUAGAAAUGGAUUAGACAAAGCUGAUACAAACUUAAAGUUACCAGAAACAUCUGACGGUUCGUAUUCAACAUUCAACGAUUCCCACUACGAUGAAACACGUACGUUGCCAGUUUCACCAGAAAAAUCUGAUGACGGACCAGAUUCAACUUUAGGCGAUUUUCACAAUGAUCUUAAAUGCUUUCCUGUUUCACAAGAAACAUCAGAUGACAGUUCGGAUUCAACAUCCGGUUCUCUCAAUGUUACGUUGCCAUUAUCACAAGAAAUGCGUGUUUGUGACUCGGAUUCGACACUAUACGACUCAAACAACCCGGAGACAUCGUCCAUGGACACGACCCUGAUGUCUCCGGUUUUAACAGACUCGAUAGCUGAUACAGAAUUACUUGGUUUACGCUUAGCCGAUCUAGGACUGAGAUUUUUGUCUGCAGGAUUUUCUACUCAUACAGUCAUGUCGACAUCUGAAAAUAAAUCACCGACACUGCGGUCUUCGUCAGAAUACGGAGGGGGAAAGAAAAAAAAACGUAAAAAGAAAAAAAAAUAGUUUUUUUAGAUAGAUAAAUAUUCCACAAAAAACUUCAUGGCCUUUCUUUUGUCACCUGAUGCAGCUUCAAAAAUAUUUGCAUACAUUUGAUCAGCUCGUCUGGAAUCACAGUCAAAUGAUAGAGCCCUUAUGUGUUAUCUGUAUUAUCAGAUCUCUUUAUGAUAAGAGCGAACGAUAUACUUUGUAACAAUGGUGGGACGGAGUAAUAGGUUUAAAUACAGCAACACUGGCACUAAUAAAUAAACUUAAUAGCACAUUGUAAA